CUCGCUGCAAUCAAAAGCAUUCUUAGCUUUUAGGCGAACCCCACUGACUACUUCGGUGAGGCAUUUUCAAGAGUAUAGAAUCAUCCUUUUCACUAGCAAAAGAAGAUGCUGUUUAAUUUGAGGAGCCUGUUGAACAAUGCAGCUCUUAGAAAUGGUCACAGUUUUGUGGUUCGAAAUUUUCGAUGUGGACAACCACUACAAAAUAAAGUACAGCUCAAGGGUCGUGACCUCCUCACUCUAAAGGACUUUACAGGAGAAGAAAUUAAGUAUAUGCUAUGGCUAUCAGCAGAUUUGAAAUUUAGGAUAAAACAGAAAGGAGAGUAUUUGCCUUUAUUGAAAGGCAAGGCUUUAAGCAUGAUUUUUGAAAAAAGAAGUACUCGAACAAGAUUGUCCACAGAAACAGGCUUUGCACUUCUGGGAGGUCACCCUUGUUUUCUUACCACACAAGAUAUUCACUUGGGUGUGAAUGAAAGUCUCACAGACACAGCCCGUGUGUUAUCUAGCAUGACAGAUGCAGUGUUGGCUCGAGUAUAUAAACAAUCAGAUCUGGACAUCCUGGCUAAAGAAGCAUCCAUCCCCAUUGUCAACGGGCUGUCAGAUUUGUACCAUCCUAUCCAGAUCCUGGCUGAUUACCUUACGCUCCAGGAACACUAUGGCUCUCUGAAAGGCCUUACCCUCAGCUGGAUUGGAGAUGGGAACAACAUCCUGCACUCCAUUAUGAUGAGUGCAGCAAAAUUCGGAAUGCACAUUCAGGCAGCUACUCCAAAGGGUUAUGAGCCAGAUCCCAGUGUAAUCAAGUUGGCAGAGCAGUAUGCCAAGGAGAACAAUACCAAGCUGUCACUGAUGAAUGAUCCAUUAGAAGCAGCUCGUGGAGGCAAUGUAUUAAUUACAGACACUUGGAUAAGCAUGGGACAAGAAGAGGAGAAGAAAAAGCGUCUCCAGGCUUUCCAAGGUUACCAGAUUACAAUGAAGACUGCUAAAGUUGCUGCCUCUGACUGGACAUUUUUACACUGCUUGCCCAGAAAACCAGAAGAAGUGGAUGAUGAAGUGUUUUAUUCUCCACGAUCUCUAGUAUUCCCAGAGGCUGAAAACAGAAAGUGGACAAUCAUGGCUGUCAUGGUGUCCCUGUUGACAGAUUAUUCACCUCAGCUCCAGAAGCCAAAGUUUUAAUGCUGUGAUACUUGCUGAGAGAGAAACAAUGUUCUUCUGUAGCAGAAUGAGUCAGUUUAUGGGGAAAGGAGAAAAGAAUCUAAGAGAAAUAAGGAAAUUCUGAUUCAUGGUAUAGGUGAACAAUAUGAUAUUGCUUUGCUCUUCUAAAACUUUCCUAAACUCCUUAAUUUAAGUGUUGAUGCACUGUAAUACAUGCCUUGACUUGAUUUUAACUAAUUUAUGAUUUCUGGGUUACAUUUUGUCAUCAUAUUAAUAAUUAUAUAUAUAUAUAUAUAUAUAUAUUUACCUCAACUAAACAUAAAAUACUACAUUCAUAAUAUGUAAUGUGUAAGCCAUUAAAUGUAAUCUAUGCUUUUUACCUGAAUAAAUUAUCACCCAAACAAAUCUGUAAAUAAACAUUUACCAAACAGGUCA